GCUUGCAAGGCGUCCUAGGCCCAUCCCCAGCUCCCAAGACCUUUCUGCAAGGCUCGCCUUCCUUCACUUGUGGAGGGGCUCCGUGGGUUCUCAGGCCUAGCCUGAGGAUGGGUUCUCAGUGAGUUCUCAGGCCUUGUCUCACCGGCAACGCUUUCCAGCGGAGCUCUCGGCAGUCUCACGCCCUACAUCCUUCCCGGGCGUGCAGAGGGGCUUGCGGCUUGCAGUCGGUGUUGGGGCACCUGCAGGAUUUCCUCGCUUUGGAAUCAGAAGUGGACUAUUUGGGAAGCCACAGAGAAGCCAGGCGGCAUCCCAGCAUCGUUCAAACAGAACCGCUUGGCCAGAGAGCGAGGACAAGGUGCUCCUCCGAGUUGGCGGAGCAUAACCACUUCCUGGGCUCUGAAAAGGAUGGAGGCCCCACAGCCUCUCUCCUGCCCCAUGCUGCAGGGAGGCCGAGAGCUGCUUGGAGGCCCCCCACCCCCCGGCCCUGUCCUGCCUGCGGGAUUUUCUCUCUGCAGGCCUUGACCCCUGGAGUUUAAGUCAACAACGAUUCCUGUGGUCAGCGAAGAAUCACGGAGUUUGCCCGCUGCGCCUUCCGGCCUCGGCCACAGAUCCCACUGGUUGUGCAGCCCGCCCUGGCCUCCCUCUGCCCUGGGCAUGCCGCGACUCUCUGCUUGGCUGCUGCUCCUGCUGGGCCUGGGCCCCCUCUGGGCGACGGCGUCCCGGGAGACGGAGGAGCAGGAUGGGGCCAAGGACCAGUGCUUCCAGACCCGCCCUGUUGAGGCAGGUGCUUUGAACCUUGGACAGAAAUGGGGAGACCCCUCCCCAACAGCUAUGUUAACUAUUGACCUGCGUAUGGUGACAAGCGCUGCGUCCUCCUUUGAAUUCCGCACCUUUGACCCAGAAGGAAUCGUUUUCUACGGGGACAUGAGCACCAGCGCCGACUGGUUCGUCCUGGGACUACGCAGGGGGAAACCCGAGAUGCAGAUCCACAACAGGGUCACCAACAUCAGUGUCUCUGGCGGGCAGCGCCUCAAUGACGGCCAGUGGCACCGGAUCGUGGUGAAGAAUGAAGGGCACAGCGUGAUGCUAGAGGUGGACGAGGACGACGCGCUGACCCUCCGCCACGUCUCCCACGCCAUCAUCCAGGACCCUUCCUUCCAUGUGCGCAUCGCCGUCGGGGGCUUGCUCAUCCCCAGGGGGGAGUUGCUGACUCCGAUGAACCCGGCCAUGGACGGCUGCAUGAGGCAUUGGAACUGGCUCAACCAGAGCACGGAGUGGCCGGAGGAGGCCUCUCUGCAGGGCAAAGGCUCCAAGGCCUGCUUCGCCACCAUCCGCAGGGGCGCCUUCUUCCCAGGAGACGGACGGGCCACCUUUCCCCUCUCGGGCCUCCCCGCUGGACUCGGCACUGACGGCGAGAGCUGGUCCCUGGCUGUGGAGAUGCAAGUCAGAGCUCCCCAGCAGGUGGGGACCCUGUUGGCUGUCUCCGCUGCGCAGCAGACUCCGGUUCUCAGCUUGAAGCUGCAAGGCACGGAUUUAGUGGCCCAACUUGGUAAUCAGACAGCCGUCUUGGUCCCGCUGCCCGUGGGGGGCUGCUUGGAUGCACCCCUUGCAAUGCACAUCACUCCAGCUCACCUCACACUGCGCCUGGGAGACAGGGAAUCUGCUGGGCAGACCGAGAAGCCAGAUUUUGAAAGGCUGCAGCAUCUCUGGCUGGGCAAAGACGGGCGUCUUGACGUUGGUGCACUGCCUGGACAGGAAGAGACCCCGCAGGCCCAGGAGGGGACGUUUUUCCGGGGCUGCCUGCGUGAGAUCCGGGUCCAAGGCCACCAGCUGGACUUUGACGCUGCCCAGUCCAGAAGCAACUCCAUCUGGGCACACAGCUGCCCUGGGGACGAGAGCCACGGGACCAAACCCAGCACAGAUGGUGGGAAUUAAAGAGUGUGGCGGAGUAUCAAA